AUGGACGUGGAAAAGCUAUGGAACCUUACGAAGGAAGAUUCCAUCUUGCAAACCAUGCACUUCGCAAGAAGCAUUUCAACUAAAACUACUCCUUCGAAAUCCCUCUUCAAGAGAAGUUUCUCAAAUAAAACCUUCUCUUCUCCUUCUCCGGAGUCCCAUUUCGCAAGGAGCUUCUCAACAAAAGCUUUGUCUUCUUCUUGUUCUUCGGAUCCCACUUUCAGACGGAGUUUCUCCCCCAAACCUAACGCUUCCAAGUCUCUGCUUGAUCUUUCUAGAAACAGUUCUAGGAAAUGCUCAGCUGAUUUAUCUUCCAAGUCAUCACUCUCUAGGAGCUUGUCUCAGAAAGGAGCUUCGGUGACCCGAAAAUGGUGUAGAGUAGCAAAGGAGCACAAGUCCCGAUUAUACAUCAUCAAACGCUGCGUUUUGAUGCUCGUUUGCUGGCACAAGCAUUCCUGA